UUACAUUGAAUCACCGUUUUUAACGUAUUGUAACGUUAGGUUCAUAUAAAAUGGCGACAUGUAUAUUACGAAGUAUCUUUUAAACGUCUUGUAUUAAGUUUUCCAUAUUAUUUUUUAGUCAUUUUCUUGAAUUCUACCUACAAAAAACUUCAGAAUGGAAAAAAAUAUUGAAAAAACUUUAGACGAAGUAAAAAACAAUGAAGCUAUAAUCGGUUGCAUCCUGGUUGAUCGUGCUGGAUUAUGUUUAGGAGUCAAAGGUAAUGCUUCAAGCGAUAGUGCAGGUAUUAUAGCGGCCAUUGCAGAUCAAGUUGCAAAAUUAGAACUUGAUUCAACUUGUCCAAUUAUAACAAUCCAAAAUGAUAACAGGAAAUGUCUUAUUCAACGACAAGGACCAAUAGUUGGUGCAAUUUAUAAACAUAUUGCAAAUUAAUAUUAUUAUCUUUGCCCUUAUUUUUAAUUUACAGUAAGAUAUGUUAUAAAGUAUGAUGUAUUUUGUUACUUAUUCUUAUACAUAGAAAGGAAGAUAAUUAUAUACCUAUUAUGUUAUAACCAGCAAUAUUAUCUUAUAAGAUUAUCUCUUUUCGAAAUAUAGAAAUUAUUAUUAUGAUUUUUGUAAGAUUAUAGAAUUGCAUUAUGAAUCUAAUAUUUGAAGGAUCCAAAUACUAAUAAAAUAUUUACAUUUUAGGAA